AUGCUCAAGUCUCUGACGACCUUGUCUCUCUUAGUCGCUACCUCAGUAGGCUUACCAACUAGACACUCCAAGCGCAGUGAUCGCAAUGCCGGCUUGACCUGGAUCUCAAAAGAUUCCAGUCUGCCCAAGAUCGUGCUCUACAACACUGGUGAUGGUACAAUCCUCGCUGGUUCGCCCAAUGGUAGACUGGACACUACCAACUAUGGUGGUCCCAUCGGCGGUCUUACUCCCGAGACACUCAUAGAGAGUGCCCGCGAAGUUCUAGAUAUUGCUCAGAUUGCUGUCGUGAACAUUACUACAGAAGGCUCUGGCGGAGCUGGUAGUGUCAAUGCAGAUCCCGAUCGUUUCCUGAGUAUCUCUAUGGAUGCUCAUAAGCGUCUCUGCAGUGAGGGUUCGGAUAUUGUUGGGGCUGUCAUGGUUCAUGGUACUAACACAUUGGCUGAUACUGCUUUUGGCGUUGAUCUCACACUCAACUGUUCCAAGCCCUUCGUCGCAACAGGUGCCAUGCGCCCCAACUCUGCUCUCUCAGCCGAUGGCCCCUUCAACUUCUACGACGCUGUUCGAACUGCUAUCCACCCCGAAGCUCGAGACCGCGGAGCUAUGGUUGCUUUGAACGAUCAUCUUGUAUCGGCAUUCUACGCUACCAAGACCAAUGGCAAUACCGUUUCAACUUUUGUAGCGCCCGAUAAGGGGUAUAUCGCACAGUUCAUGUCUGGACAGCCGUACUUCUUUUACUCUCCUGCUCUGCCUAAAGCGAGGAACUACUUUGGCCCAUUCAAGCUUGCUUUGCCUUUACCCAAGGGCUUCGACGCGGAUCUUCUUUAUGCUGCGGCUAAAGACGGCACCAGGGGCAUUGUGAUCAUGGGUGCCGGUCCCGGUGCUCUCAGUGAUGCUGCUAUAAAGGCAGCCGAAGAUCUACACAACCAGGGCGUUGUCACCGUCGCUUCGUUCCGCCCCUAUUUUGGACUGGCAGUUCCAACCCCCCAGACGGAGAAGAUUAUCAGCUCUGGAGUCCUGCGUGGAGAAAAUGCCCGCAUCCAGCUUCAGCUUGCUCUCGGUGCAGGCUACGACUUUGAUGGGAUUCAGAAGCUUUUUGGGGAUGAUGUUAGAACAGCUAUUUAUAACGAGGCCACAGCGUUCUUUAAUGGCAAAAUGCUGUGA